GGAAAACCCAAUGGAGAGGGAGAAGGAGGUUUCGUCAUCCUGGAUGGAAAGACGUUUGAUGUUAAAGGACGCUGGGAGUCUGGGCCUGCUGCUCCCAUGGGAUAUGACUUUUGGUACCAGCCCCUUCACAAUGUCAUGAUUAGCACUGAGUGGGGAGUACCUAAGGCUCUUACUAAAGGAUUUAAGCUGGAGGAUGUCCAGACAGGGAAAUACGGAUCUCACUUGCACGUGUGGGACUGGACCUCGCGAACCAUUCAACAGACAAUCGACUUAGGAGUGGGUACCAUUCCUCUGGAGAUAAGAUUCCUGCACAACCCUGAAGAGCCGCAAGGAUUCACGGGAUGCGCGCUGAGCAGUACUAUCGUCAGGUUCUUCAAAAACCAGAUGAGCUCCUGGGGUUCUGAAACUGUCAUCAAAGUCCCAAACAAGAAGGUUGAAGGCUGGGCACUACCAGAAAUGCCAGGUCUGAUUACCGAUAUCCUGAUUUCAUUGGAUGACAAGUUCCUGUACUUCAGCAAUUGGAUUCAUGGAGACAUCAGACAAUAUGACAUCACAGACCCUAAACGCCCGAAGCUUGUCGGACAGUUGUUUAUUGGCGGCAGUAUUGUCAACGACGGCCCAGUGAAGGUGAUACAAGACUCCGAACUGAGCGGACAGCCUGAGCCGUGUUACGUGAAGGGAAAGCGAGUGGAAGGAGGACCGCAGAUGAUUCAGCUCAGUUUGGAUGGCAAACGGCUUUACGUCACGACAUCGCUGUACAGUGUGUGGGACAAUCAGUUCUACCCUGAUCUCUCCAAGAAAGGCGCCAUGUUGCUGCAAGUUGACGUUGAUUCAGUGAAUGGCGGGCUCAAGUUGAAUCCUGAUUUCUGUGUGGACUUUGGAGAAGAGCCUGACGGACCAGCUCUCGCUCAUGAAGUGCGUUAUCCGGGGGGUGACUGCUCCUCUGACAUAUGGCUGGUGGAUACCAAACCGGCAAAGUUGUAACCUGGUCUCUGGACUGUGUCGAUAACUUGGAUUGUGACAGGGAAACAGCGUGAUUUAAUGAUGAACCAUUACGUAUUAUGGUGUGAGCGCGCGGUGUGAGUGAAAAACCUAGGCUGUUUUGUGAUUUCAAUAACAAUAAAGGCUCUCAGAAGAAGGUGAAUUCUUUUCUGUGGACAUUUAGUGUGGAAAUGGCCGUUCAGCAGUGCCAACCGAGUUGCCGUCCCGCAGAGUUCUUUGCGUGAGGGCCGGGGGUAAAAUCUCUUCCGACGCCCAGCUAAGCUGUGCAUGAUUUGACCGAGCGGACAGAAAAUAAAGCCUUUUUUUCAGUGACUGUGUUUCUCGCGCGCAGUUAACAUUCACGCGCUGAUAAUGAGUACAGGUAUUUCACAUGGUGCAGCACGCCAUUUUUAUUUCCAACGUCUUUUUUUCGCGCGCUUUCCGUCUGCGUGCACGUAUAGUUUUUGUAUGGCUGUAACCCUAAAGAAGGACUAAGCCCGAAACGUCUGUUGUGCUCACACUACUUUGGACUUCAAAGAACUUUUCCAGCCUUAUUUUAACAUCAGCGCAUAGCAGUUUGGCAUAUGACGUCGAAACGCGACGGCACAGUCAGUUACCGAGUGUGCUGUCAAACAUUCUAACCACAUUUGGACUUGGUCGUGAGUGUAGCACAGGAAAACGGCAUCUGACUCAUACCCAGAAGUGCGAAGCGUCCGAGUAGGAGUCUGGCAAAACACAGUUACUUUGAUGGUUAACACACCCUAGAACUGCUGGCUGCUGCUCUUGUUACUUUUUGACAAACACUUUGCAAUCUACAAUAACUCCGAAGGUCUUUGUAAUCAAGUCAGUCUGCAUUACGGAUCUUCUCACAGGCUCUUUAAGGAUAAAUAUGAACACAGACUAAAAAUUUAGGUCAGCGUUUCAUUUUUUUUUUCUUAUACAUUUUUAGUAACUGAAACUAAGUUUGCUGUAAUCAGAAUCGCUGCUCAUCCUGCUAAUGGCGCAAGGUGCUUCGCGAGAAUUAUGCACUCAUUACACUGAACUUGCUUUCGAGGUGAACGCGAGAGCAGCAAUGUAAUGAAGUCCGGUUGAAUUGCGCAUACUUAGGAUCGUGGAGAAUGCUUUGACUUCUUAAGGGAUAAGAGAAACUAACACGAGCUAUUGUUAUUGGUCGAGUUUGCUUUCAUCUCCAAGAAAAAAUCGAAGGAGCGCAGCCAGGAUGGAGCAGAGUAACGUGAAAACAUUCUCUGGCUUAAAAUAGUCUUCACCUGGUGAAAUAACGAAAUCAUAUUAUCAUUCCACCCGCUAACCUAAAUUUUUAGUCUGUGCUCAUAUUUAUCUUCAAAGAGAGCCGUAAUCCAGAUUGACUUGACUACAAAGACCUUCGGAUUUUAUGUGGAUUGCAAUGUGUUUGUCAAAUAGUAACAAGAGAAGCAGCUGAUAGGGUUAUACAGUUAUACAACAACAACAACAACAAAACUUUAUUCCUUACAGCAGUUAUACCAUCAAUGUAACCAUUUGUUUUUCUUUCAAACAUUCUACGGCUAAAAAUAGUCUUCAUCUGGUGUUUCAUCAUUUCACCCGCUGAAGACUGCAGUUUAGGCAGUCGAAAGCUUGUGUUUUAUUAAUAUUUUUAGCUAGAGAACGUUAUAAGUUUAUCUAUCAGUUGCAGA